UUUCCGCAUAGUGGGAGAACAAAACACACGUGUUUUGUUUCUCCAAAAUAAUGAUAUAAAAUAAGUGAUAAAUCUUCUCAAAAUGAGUAAACUAUACGUAUUGUUCGAGCAUAGUGCGGGCUUCGCUCUAUUCCGUGUGGCAGAAUUCGAAGAGUUGGCAGCAUUUCUGCCUCAGGUGGAGGAGUCAGUGACGGACCUUCAGCGUUUCAACUCUGUGGUAACGCUAAUCGGGUUCCAACCGUUCAAAUCUGCUGUUACCGCGUUGGAGAACAUAAACUCUGUCUCAGAAGGAAUUGUUCCUGAGGACCUGAACCUGUUCUUAGAGGGCGCUCUGCCCAAGAGGAAGAAACGGUCAAAAUGCACCCUCGGUGUUCUAGACCCCAAGCUCGGGGCCGCCAUCAGCGAGGCCCUAGAGAUCCCUUGUUCUCACACCGGCGCUGUUCCUGAACUCCUGAGGGGAAUCCGGCAUCACUUCCACAACCUAAUCAAAGGUUUGACGCUGAAAGCAUGCAGCGUAGCCCAGCUCGGUCUUGGCCAUUCAUACUCCCGAGCCCGGGUCAAAUUCAACGUGCACCGAGUAGACAACAUGAUCAUACAGUCCAUCGCUCUCCUGGACCAGUUAGACAAGGAUGUCAAUACGUUCUCUAUGAGAAUCAGAGAGUGGUACUCCUACCAUUUCCCGGAGCUGAUCAGCAUUGUACCGGAGAACUACCUUUACAGCAAAUGCGCGGAGUUCAUUAAAGACCGCAAGUCCCUCUCAGAGGAGUCUCUGGAGCCCCUGACAGAGAUACUCGGAGACUCAGAGAAGGCCCAGGCUAUUAUUGAUGCUGCUAAAAUGUCCAUGGGUAUGGAUAUAUCGCCUGUGGAUCUGAUCAAUAUUCAGAUGUUCGCUGGGAGAGUUGUCGGACUGAGUAAUUACAGGAAGCAGAUAUCGGAGUACCUUCACACGAAGAUGACGUCGGUGGCGCCCAACCUGUCGGUGCUGGUGGGCGACCAGGUGGGCGCGCGGCUCAUCAGCAAGGCGGGGUCACUGACCUCCCUCGCCAAGUACCCCGCCUCCACGCUGCAGAUACUCGGCGCAGAGAAGGCCCUGUUUCGCGCCCUGAAGACGCGCUCCAACACCCCAAAGUACGGUCUGCUAUACCACUCGACGUUCAUCGGGCGUGCCGGCCUCAAGAACAAGGGCCGCAUCAGCCGUUACCUCGCCAACAAGUGCUCCAUCGCCUCCAGGAUCGACUGCUUCUCUGAAACCCAAACAACAGUGUUCGGUGAAAAACUCCGGCAGCAGGUGGAAGACCGCUUGAAGUUCUACGAGACGGGCGACAUCCCCAAGAAGAACAUCGAGGUGAUGAAAGAAGCCAUGGAAGAAGCGAUGCAGCAGGUUGAAGCUGAGAGCAGCGCCAAGAAGAAGAAGAAAAAGAAGAAGAAGAAGGAAGAAGUAGCCAUGGAUGAGGAUUAGUUAGGAGGUUGGAUGAGCUGGAUAUUGGUUUGCUACUGUUAUUGUGACUCGAAGUUUUUUUAUGUUGGAUUGGGAGCCAAUAAAAAACAAUGCGUUCAGCAGUACAAUGCGAUGCGAAAGAAUAUAAUAUGUCCCACUGCUAUUAUGCAUCCCUGUGAAAUCUCUGUACGUACCUCUGUGUGUUGUCUACGUAUUGUAAUCUGUAUUGAGUUACAAUACGUACACAAGGUCACGACCAUGGUAUAAGAAAACCAGGUAUGCUCAAAACUGACAGCUAACAUUUCAAGGUUGACUUGCACCUGACGUCAUCCCACCUUGUAUUGCCAUUUCGUAAUAAACACAUUACCCACGACCAAAAAGGAAGUUUUGAACUUUUAGUAAAAGAUUUACUUUCAGUUUUAAUAUUUUUUAAGUAAUAGUAAUUAAAUACAUUAGUCAGGAAUUCACUUAAAUUUCAAUAAUAAUAUUUACGUCCUUGGAAACUUGGAAAUACCAAUUUAAUGGUAAUACUUACGUCAUCAAGGGCUAGCAAUGGCGGCUUGUCAUAGGAUUGAGCAUACCUGCGGGCCUAGCACCGUAAGAACGCGGCUCUUUCUCGCCGCGACAGCAUCUGUCUCUUUCUGUGCAGUACUGUGAGAGAGUGAUGGGUGAUGUAUGUCGAGGCGAGAAAGAAAGCCCGCUGGUCUUUUCUAUACUUGACUCUGGCAGUAAUGGUUGUCUACUUACGACGACCGGUUGCCACAAACCAUAAAGUUGAAGUUGGUCUCCUUAUACCAUGCUCACGACUAUAUCCGAUAUCCCAAUGCGGUAGUGAGAGGUACGGUCACGAGCAUUAAUAUGUAUACACUUUGGUACCAUGUCACAUUAACUUUUUUGACAAAUUGAACUGUAAGUCUCACUAAAUGUCAAAUAUGUUAGUGCGACAGAGUCCUAAAGUGGGUACAUUAUAUUGCUCGUGACUGUACAUCAAACUUGACAGCUUUCUGUUAGACCAACGUGAUAGGUGGUGGUUACGAUACAUUAGUAUUCCAAUAGCCGAUUUUUUUUAUAGUUUGUCAAAGUGGCAUGAAAUUAAUAAAUAUUUCUACUAAUUUGACAAACUUGUGGUAUUUUAGUAAUGUAAUUAUAAGAGAAUUUUACUAAAAUGUCUAAGUGCAAACGUAGGAUAAGGAACAGAGUUGUCUGUUAUAUUUUACCCUUGUAAUAAAGGAUUUCCACAUA